AUGAACGUUCUGCUAGGACACAACGCCGAGAGCGACAUCGUGGUUCAUUACUUUACUCACGCGGAGCCCAGUUGGCCUGGGUCAUCGCAAGACAUACUGCAGCUAGGUUCCAACCUGGUUUCGACUGCUUCCCAGGGCGAAAUAUGGCACCAACCAGCGACAAUUUCUUCAGAGAUAACAUUUGACGUUCGAGGUCCAUGCUACGUCUAUAGCCAAGGUGUGCCCAAACUGAGCGACAUAAACAAGCAUCUCGGAAGUUCUGAUGAGCGUAAUGAUUUGAGGGAAUGGGACUAUGCGACAGAUGCGUCAGACAGAACUAGCGUUGUCGCCACGCAAGACCUGGACGAAUUCGAGCAUACUGAUCUUGAUCAUAUUUUUUGGGAAUCCCUUCGUCAUGACGAAUCCCAUUCUACGCAGCAUGCACAAGCUGUCCCUGGGUCAUUCGUUGGAGUACUCCCAUCGUAUAGCCUUCUUGGAUCACCGUUUGGCAUGGGGCAGGGUUGUGAGCAAGUGACAGUACAUCAUUUCGAUUACCAAGAUUCAGCAGCACUAUCUUCACAAUAUAUUGCUAGCAAUGGGAUUCGGUUAACAAGGACCGCCUCAGGUGGAGUUGAUUGGUUUACACCAGACGACCCAUUCGACCUAAGCAGCUUUGACAAUCAGAGAAACGCUCACGUCUUUUCUCAGGAGCCACCCAAGCUACUGCAUCCUGAAAACUUGUCUACCUUGGCAAAGUCGGCUAUGCUCAGAGACUGGGCCGAUGAUCUCUAUGAGACACUCCUUGAGACUGGUUCAGACACCUUCGAAUUAAAGGAUCUCGAGGAUUUUGAACAUACCGACAUUGUCCUUACGCGAAGUAUGACCGUGGAGCCUAGGCACUCUCCUCAUGGCUUUAAACAUUGUGAUGUCGAACUCACGAAGAGGUGCAUUCUGGAACCUCAGCAUUCCCCCCAACAUAUAAAUGCAGCUGUAGACACUACGUUUGCGACCCGAGGCGAACUUAUUGUAGGCAAGGUUCAUGGGCGAAGUGCUAAUGAAGCUCCCAUAGAUGGUGAACCUGCGAGGAAACGCCCUCGUUGCGAUGCUACGUCGCUUUACAAAGUGAUACCUGAGCCUCACUUUCAUUCUUCUCCUUCUGAUGCUCACGGAUCAUGUCUCCUAAACCCGCCGCCCAUGCUGUACAAAAUUCCAAAGCAUAUUCCCAUACCACCGCAUUCAGCGCAGACAGUUACUGACUUCCUGUGCGACCCUUUUAUUAGGGGCUCCUGGAUUGUUCCAGUGCGAGGCAGAUUGUUAUGGGAUGGAUGCACUCCGGCAACAAUGCUAGCGUCGGACCCUGGAUCUCAAGAACGGUCGCAUUCGGGCGUAUUCAAGGGACUUGUUGUAUUACCCAGUGGCCCAUCGCGGAAGGUGGACCAUGUAAAUUCUUCAACAAUAGAUGAAAUUAACUGGACACACGAUGCCCUGUUGGACUUCUGGUGGUUCCUCUUGUCACUUCGUGAAGCGUGCACCUUGGGCCCAAUCUCUCUAUCGUUCCAUGCGGCUCCAGUUCACAGAACUAGAAUAUCUUCAAGGGACGCUCAUCAGCCAGGGCAUGCUCCCGAGAGCGGUUCAACCGCCUAUGGAGGCACUGUUACUAGCGACAGUGGCAUGUACAGGGCCGCUGCAUUGUCCGCUGUGGAUCACAUCAAGGUGUAUCAUGACGUUCAGCACACGAUGAAGAUUAGGAACGUGUUGUCUGCAUGGUGGUAUAAAUGGCCCAAUGAAUCUUCGUACGGUAAGGAUGAAUCAAGAGAGACGGCAGAGGACGAGAUAGCGCAGUCCUCUAUUAGAGCGCCUACCCGGGAUGAAGAUGCAACCUGUGGCGAGGGCUCCUUAGGUGGUAAUCCGACUGGCAAGUCUUCUAAGAUCCAUAUACUGAAACGAGCCAAGCUCGCGCUUAUAGACGAGAGGUCUAAUGGCGUCCUAAUAUCCUGA